CACGAUCCGGCCUCCGGUCCUGACUUCCGGGUCGCGGUCCUUGAAGGGAGCGCUCUGCGUCAAGCGUCGUUUCCGUUGCUGGUGUUUGCAGCUGGGGGAAACCGAGGCAGCGCCAGCUUCCCCUAGUUCUUCCGCUCCUAUGAGGAGAACAUGUUUAUUUCUUUGUGGGAAUUCUUUUAUGGGCACUUUUUUCGAUUUUGGAUGAAAUGGGUCUUACGACAGAUGACUGGAAAGUGUGAGUUGCAGCGAAUUUUUGACACCUAUGGAGGUGCCCAGAGGACGUACAGGAUAGAAAAUUCCUUGACAUAUUCCAAGAGUAAGGUUCUUCAGAAUGCAACACGAGUUGCCGAGAGCGAACUGGACAGGUGUGUAGCGGACAUAAUGAAGGAAAAGAACAUCUGCCCUGAGAAAGACACCAGUUUUCAAAUUUGUAUGAGGACGUGCUUACUGCAGAUAACUGGCUAUAAGCAGCUCUACCAGGAUGUAGAAAAUGUGAGGAAAAAACCCUAUGAUUCUGGCAAUGCACAGCACGAGAAACUGCUCCUCAAGCUUUGGAGUCUUCUGAUGCCUACGAAAAAGUUGAAGGCCCGGAUCUCCAAGCAGUGGGCAGACAUUGGUUUCCAAGGUGAUGAUCCCAAAACGGACUUCAGAGGCAUGGGCAUACUCGGACUAAUCAAUCUUGUGUAUUUCAGUGAGAAUUACACCAGUGAAGCACAUCAGAUUCUUUCCCGUUCAAAUCACCCCAAAUUAGGGUAUUCUUAUGCAAUAGUUGGAAUCAAUCUUACAGAGAUGGCUUAUAGCUUACUGAAGAGCGAAGCCCUGAAGCUUCAUCUCUACAACUUUGUUCCUGGGAUACCAACAAUGGAACACUUUCACCAGUUUUAUUGUUACCUGGUCUAUGAAUUUGACAAGUUUUGGCUUGAAGAAGAACCAGAAAGCAUCAUGUACUUCAACUUGUACAGAGAGAAGUUUCAUGAGAAGAUUAAAGGACUCUUACUGAACUAUAAUACUGUACUCACUUUGAAAACAUGAAACAUCCAGAGCAUCUUCUCUUUCUACCACGUUUUGCACACACAGCAGAAUUUAUAUGUUAUAGAAAUUAUCUGAUCAACUACAAUAUAUAAUUUCCUACAAAUACUUCAGAACUAUUUAAGAAAGCUAGUGGACAAUCAGUGUAUGUUUACAGUUGUUUGUACACUGUUCUCCACAGGUUCCACACCCUUCCAAAGAGCCCUUCUGCAGUCACGUGAACUACAGUUUGGAACUUGGGACUUAGCCUGUUAGUAUAAAAGUAUAAAUCAGGUAUAUUUAUAUUUAGCCAGUUGAUUAAAACGUGCACGAAUCUCAUUUUUAUGUGUUGUACCUCAAGCUGGUGUCAUUUUCAAAAUUUCACAAUUCUCCAAGAUUGAUUGUUCAAUCUGGAAGUGGCUUUUGAAUGUGCUUUGUCUUUUAUUUUCAGGCAGAUAGGCUCUGGGUGAGUGCUAAGGCUUUCUCUGUGUCUCUGGCACUUGUCAGGUGUCCUCGCCGUAGAGCAGGGGGGGGGGCACUUCUCUGUCACAGAGGGUGAAGAAUCAUGGCUUCCCUUAUGGAUUCUUUGAGGAAAUGAGAGAGGAUGGUAGUGUGGAUGACUGGCUUUUUAUUUAUAAAUAUACUUCGGAGGUCUCAUUUCGGGGUUUCUAGGCAUUCACUCUUGCUCAGUAUUUGCUUUUAUCAGCUAUAUAAAGAACCUUCCUUGGAGCUCCCUUGAGAGGCCCACUAAGAAAAUCCUGGUUUUGGAAGCAUGGUUUCUUUUAAGAUAAAACUGUCUUUGAAAUUUACACAGGGAGAAAACUUAGAGCUUCCUGGAAGUUUCUGUUCUCCAUCAUUGGCAUUUUUGGCCUGCAGUUCACUUUUGCUUGUCUUUGCUUUGGCUCUGGUGUUUCUGGGUAAUGAUGUAGGGACCUGCCUAACAGGCUGUUGGGUGGCAUAGCGUAGACCAUGACUGUGCAUUUGUGUAGCUUUAUUCCCCCAAAAUCUCAGGAGGCAGCAAGUACUGUCGAGGAUCAUACGUGAUGAGAUUCUGAUAGGAUGGUUUCCUCUUGGCAUGUUUUAGAGAUUUGUUCUCAGAGCAGAAUUAAAAGAGCCUAAAGAUAGAACGAUUAUUGGAUUGUGAAGUAGUUAUAAGUCCUGUGGAAACCAGUUCACAAUAUCAUAAGUUAACUUAAAACAUGGUGAUAUUUUGCACAUCUUUUAAUACCAGGUAUUUAAAGACUAGCUUAUGCGAUAGAGGAAGAUUUGGUACUUCCCAACAGUUGUUGGUGUCUUUUGACAAGCCCCUGUCUUUGCGCUGGUCAAAGAGAACGAACGGUACAGAUGUCCCACAGGAGAGCCACAGCUGUAGUGGUGUGUACCACGCGCAUCACUGUGCAUGGGUUAGAAUAGCUUCUCCUUAAGGAAGAUGAAACUUUUUUAAAAAGUAGGUUUGUUUUAUAAUACUAGAAAGGACUUAGCUUUUCAGUAUUACAGGAAUUUAGCAAUUAAUUUCUAUUAGGGGACUUUCUCCACCCUGGUAAUACACUCAUUUUGCUUUUGAAAAACUUUUUGUCAUCUAGGUUUUAUGAUUAUUGUAAAGCAAAACCCUAACAAGGAGCACAUGCCCACCAUUAUUGUAUUGUAGUGUUAACUUUUCCAUGGAAAGCAGUUGUGUAAGUCUUUAACUUUUGCACUAGAAAUACCAUUGUAUUUUAAUUUUUCAACAGCUUUGAUCUUGACCUGAUUUAGCUCUUUGUCACCAUAUUAAUAAAAAGAGUACUUGAAGUGUGAAAGAAGAAACUUUUAAGUGGUUAAGCAUUUCCCAGCAGAAAACCUCUAGUGAUGUUAAGAUCAUUUUUGUCAUAGAUUGGUUAAUGUCAUAGCCUUUAAAUUCUCCUUCAUUUAAAUAUUACAAAUAUUGUUUGUUUUUUAUUAAAAUUAUCUUUAAACAUUUCAGAUAAUUUUAUAGUGAGCUGAUCUGUAAGUCAAUGACAGCUUCAAAGUUCCAGAAUUUGACUGUUAGUAGUUGUGUGCACUAUGAACCGACCCUCUGGCUGAUGGGCUAGGCAUAUACAGGAAAGAAACCGCACAGUCAGUAUCCUUUACUUUCAAAGAUGUAAUAAUUUAUGUAGUUUUAAAAUCCACCUGUGUCUAGAACUAUUAAAAUGACAGCGUAGCAAUCGAUAGUCAUGGCAUUGAAGUAGCAGGAAAAUUAUGUUAGUUUUAGUAUUAAUGAAUCAAUGUGGAGAUGAGUUUGUAUGUGUGAGGUUGAAGAGAUUUUACCAGUCACAAGAGAAGCAUAAAAAUAUAACUACAACAUUUCCAGUUCAAAUGCUUUGAAAGACAAUCUUUUUAAAAAUGGGGGGGACAGUGAAGUAUCACUGAACCUAGGCCAGCCUCUUUGUAAAUAAAUGUACUCACUGCAACUGAGUAUAAAAAUGAAUUCCAACAAUACAGCUGGAUAUAAAAAUGAAUUUCAACAGUGCAACUAGGCAUAAAAAUGAAUUUCAACUGGCACCGUUUAUAGUUCAGACAUCAGAUUCUUAAAAAUCCCUACCCUGUUUUUUUUUUUCUUUCUAUUUUAGGAAUUACUUGGAUCUGUAUGUAUUUCUCUAUGAAAAUGUAUGUGCUCAUUUUUCUUCCUCCAGUGUUGAUCAUCAUUUAUAUCAUUCUGUUCUUUAAGAAUAUAUUCAAUGAAAGAGAUGUAGAUUAAAAGUUUGUCUCAAAGGGGGGAAAAAAAAACCAUGACUUGGGUGUGACAAGUGUCUGCUCAUUUCUGCUGAAGAAAGGGUAUUGUGGCAUCGAAAGGGAGGUUUGUCUGGAAGGGUGAUAAUGUUGAUUCUUGUGAUCAUGACUGAGGGCCAGCAGCUGAGGCCUCAGGAUAGAUGCUGUAUUCUAAUCCAUGAGAAUCCCGUGGCUGGGAAGGCUUUGUGUCAUGGUCAUGUUUAGGAGUCUCUCCACACAAGCAGCAUUUAGAUGAAGAUGAGUGGACUGGUUAAUACUCUGAGAAAUAUCAUAUUUGUCUUUUUGCUUUUUCUACUUCCAGUUUUUUUGUUUUUGUUUUUUUUUUUUUUUUUGUUUUUGAGAAAAAAAAUUUAAAUGUAGCAUAGGUUGGAUCCAACAACCACAUUAACUUUGGUAGGGUAGUCCUAUGUCUUUCUUAAAUUACAAAUAUUUAAGCAGUAAUGCUCCCUAGAGAGAAAGUACUGGUUGGUAACUUAAAUUUUUGCCUAUCUUGCAUCAAGCAUUUGAGUUUUGAGUAAAAGCAAUAGUGUGAGAUGUGUUGUCCUUUUGUUUGUGAUGUUAAGUGAGAAAAUAAACACACAGCAGAAACUGUUGUAA